UUUACGAAGUAUUUUUGGAGUAUUCAGCAUUUUUGGCACUGUAAUUUUUUAUAAAUAUGAGAUCUAAACAUGCAACUCCUAAAAAGCCACAACAAAUCCUCUUCUCAAAAAACACAUAUGGUCCGAAAGUUAAGGUUCAAAAUUGGGAUUAUCAAAGGCACGUAGAAAAGAAGGAUAAUAAUGUCUACCAUGAUCAUUUGAGUAAUCAUCUUAGUACAUAUUUGCGCUGGGGGGAUCAAGAUCAAAAUAUUGGAAAAAGCGAAACGCAUUCUAUGCUUGAAGAAAUAUAUCAAAAAACAGAUCCAAUAUAUGCUUUUAAGCCUCUUGUUAACUUUACUUCCUAUCCAUGUACAGAUACUCCUGGAAGAAAUAAGCUCAUGAAAAAUGCAAAUCUAGCACAACUCCCUUUAGAUUUCGGUGUCAUGGACUACCUAACAACACAACAAGAUGAAUACAGAAAUCCCUACGCUACUGUUGCUACACCGUUAACACUGGCUUCUCCUCCCUAUUUGCUUAAUCGUGUGAUUCGCUCGGAUCUUACGCAUAACCAUGGAACGGCUCCUCCUAAAGGCGAAUAUCAAUGCUUAGACACUCAUACGCCGAUUGGUCAUAUUCGUCAAAUGAGAUGGUCCCGUUAUCAGUCUUUUAAUCCGGCUACAUGUGUACAAGAUUUUCCUUCUGCAGAUUUGUUUGUUGAUCAAAAAUAAAAUACAUACGUUUUCAAA